AUGGGGACCCGGCUGCAGUCCCUCCUCCUCCUCCUCCUCCUCCUAGCUUUGUGCCUCCAGCGCGAAGUCUCCGGUGUUGCUAUCGUACGGAGCCCAGAGGACUCUCCUCCUGCCGCCUUGGGAGAGGCUGAGGAGUCAAGCGAGUUCUACCUGCAUGAAGGACAGCGAUGCAAGAAAUGUCCUCCAGGUUCUCGAGUCGACCAACAUUGCACUUCGGAUAACAAAACGACUUGCCAUCCCUGUAAUACGGAUACAUUUAGCAAACACUCGAAUCCACUGUCAAAGUGCUUUUCUUGUAAAACCUGCAGACGUUUAGAUGAGGUGGAGCUCCAGCCGUGCACCACAACCAGCGACACGGAAUGCGCCUGUAAAAACGGCACCUUCUGCUUGCCCAGCUUUCCGUGUGAAACAUGCCAUAAGUGUACACCCAGAUGCCCCGAAGGAGAACAGGUGGUGCAGCCUUGCACCCCUACAAGCGACAUAGAGUGUGCACCCUAUACCACCUCUCCACCUCCUCCAACAGGACGUUCCCAUGAAGUUGCUAUGUGGACUUUGAUUGGUCUUCUUCUUCUUCUAUUGCUGUUCGUGGUGCCAGGAAUGUGCUGGAAGUUUGGUUGCUGUAACGGAGCCAAGGCGAGGGGAGUUACGGCAGUCUUGUGGCGCUCCAAGACUCUGCAGUGUCUCCAGAGGAAUUGCAGCCAAGGGCGCCACGAAGAGGGGGACAACCUGCGGAACAUGCGCCGCGAAUCCCGCCCUCCUUUGCAGAGCUGUGCCCCUCCCUCUCCAAAACCGCUUGAGAUGACCCCUCUGCAGGCGGCCGCCCCCCCAGGAGAGGAAUCCCACGGAUGUGCAGCAGAGAGGAAGAGGCAUCUCCUUCCUGUCAAGGGCAAAGACCCUCUAGAGGCCCUGCGGGAGUCUUUUUACACCUUCAUCAACGAGGUCCCUCCGGAAUAUUGGUUCAGGUACGUGAGAGCCCUCGGCCUAAGCGAAUUCGACAUUUGUGCCGCCGAGCAGAACAAUAAGGGUUUGUACGAGAGGCGCUUCCAGAUGCUCCGGACCUGGCUGGACAGAAGAGGAAAGGAGGCGUCUUUGGAGACGUUGCUGGAGACGCUGUGCGGCAUUGAGCUCAGAGGCGUCGAGGACACCGUGCGAGAGCGCCUCGUCAGCCAGAAGAUCUAUGUCUUUGAGGAAGAUCUAUGUCUUUGAGGAUGCCGCUCUUCCCUGACUGAGCAGGACGCACAGUUUGCCUGCAAGCCAGCCGACUCCUGCCGCUUCUCCAAGGAGGCGGGAGCGGGGAGCGUUCCUUUAUUGCCUUCCAAAACCAGGUGCCAUUUCCAGUUGAGGCUGCAUUUGGCAGACCUCUCCAACGGCCCCACUUCCUCGCGUGUUUUUAGUCGCAAGUGCAUAGAAAUGGCAAGCGAAGUAGGAUCGUUUUGGCGAACUUCACACCAUCUGGACGUUGAUCGGAUCCAGAUCACAGCACCAUUGUGCGGGCGAUGUGAAUCAGAUAAUGCUUCUACAAGGCUUGAUCUACUCACAUUGAUAUGCUUUCAAACUGCUAGAUUAGCAGAAGCUGGGGCUAACAGUGGGAGCUCACCCCACUCCCCGGAUUUGAACUGCCGACCUUUCGGUCAGCAAGUUCAGCAGCUCAGCGGUUUAACCCAUUGCACUAUGUAAAUCAGAUGAUGCUUCUACAAGGCUUGCGUGAAAACCAUCUCCUUCGAGCUGGAUGCUCGGACAGACGUUCUGCUGAACCCUGAGCCCUUUUUCGGGAAACGUUGCUAAUAUAUAUAUUUUAAGUUUUUGGUGCCUGAAUAGGGUGCCGCAUCCCUUUUGUAAAUACUCUUUGGUUUCCAUUUUUGUUUUGCCUUUGAGGAAUGUAAACUAUUUGCCUUGAAACCCUUCUCAGGAGAUGUUUUCAGAAAUCAGGACUUUGUUUGUAUUUGGAGAAUUUUUAGUGUUUUCAAGCAAAAGCAAUUGGAGGAUUUGCAAAAAAAAAAAAGGCGUUCUUGUUUCAUGGUUAUGUUAUAAAAGUCUUUUUUUUAAAAAAAAUAGAUUUUUAUUGGGUUUUGAUUUUAAAAAAAAAGAGUAAACAUCGAAAGUGGGGGGACAAUUUCCAAAUAGGAAAGUUUAGAAGGAGCGAAGUAGGAAGGAAAGAGGUAAAAGAGGAAGGAGGAAAAAGGGGAAAAAAGAAGAGAAAGGGAAAAAAUGCUAUUUGACUUCCUUCUAUUCUUCGGUGGUUGUGGAAAAAUAAAACUUGUUCAAGAUAACUUUAAAAAUCUAUUACUUCCCCGUAUUUACGUUGCUCUCUCGUGACUAUCAUGUUUCGAAUUGUCAAAACUAUGUUGAAAUGUUUGAAAUAGUCUUUAAUCAGUUUCCAAGUGGUUUUUUUUUUUUUGGGAGACCUAAAUUCAGAGUAUGUUAUAAAAGUCUUGACUAGGCGAAGGGGAAAAUAUUUGUCUGUGUUCAUGGGCUGUUCAGCCGUAACGUGCUGCCCGUGAGAGUCAGGCAGUGAUAAGAGGAUUCAAAAUGAUUUGAAAUUAGAUUAAACAUUGCCAAGAUAUUUAUUGCUGUGUUGUGUCCGGCAAGCCAACACGUUGUUCAGUGUUCCCUCGCUACUUCGCGGUUCGCUUUUUGCGGACUCGCUCUUUUGCGGGUUUUUGCUUUCCGGUUUAUGAAUAGUUGCCGUUGCCCAGAGCGGCGUUCUAAUCCCGCCUCCUGGCAACGAUGGAGUGUGGAAAGGGGUUUGCUUUGCAACCUCAAGAGAUACCUAGCCCCAAAAAAGAGUUUGCGGUGCCUUUACAUCUCUUCCCCCUUCAGCCUCGCCCUCAGAACCAAUCUCCACCUAGAGCAUCCCUACUUCGUGGAUUUUCACUUUUCGCGGGUGGUCCUGCGAUAAGAGAGGGAACACGGUAGUGCUUUGAGCAUGGGACGAUGACUCUGGGAAUCAAGGUUGCUCAUUUAAGGAAACCCAUUGGGUGAUUUUGGGCAAGCCACACUCUCUCAGCCUCAGAAAGGGGCAGGAGCAAACUCACUUUGAACAAAGUUUGCCAUGAUUGGUUCGCUUUAGCAUUGCCAUAAUCCAGUGGUUCUCAGCCUGUGGGUCCCCAGAUGCUUUGGCCUUCAACUCCCAUAAAUCCUAACAGCUGGUAAACUGGGUUGCUGUGAGCUUUCUGGGCUCUGUGGCCAUGUUCCAAAAGCAUUCUCUCCUGACAUUUCGCCCACAUCUAUGGCAGGCAUCCUCAUAGGUUGUGAGGUCUGUUGGAAACUAGGAAAAUUGGAUUUAUAUAUCUGUGGAAUGAUGCCCAGGGUGGGAGGAAGAACUCUUGUCUUCUUGGGGUAAGUAUGAAUGUUGCAGUUGGCUAGCUUAAUUAGCAUUGAAUAGCCUUGCAACUUGAAAGUCUGGCUGCUUCCUCCCUGGAGACAUCCUUUGUUAGGAGGUGUUAGCUGGCCCUGAUUGCUUCUUCUCUGGAAUACUGAGCUGUUCGCUGGUAAACAAAGCCCCCGCUGGUGCAGUGGGUUAAAACUGUAAGCCACUGAACUUGCUGACUGAAAGGUCAGCGAUUCAAAUCCGAAGAGCGGGAUGAGCUCCCACUGUCAGCCCCAGCUUCUGCCAACCUAGCAGUUCAAAAAUGCAAGUGUGAGUAGAUCAAUAGGUACCACUCCGGUGGGAAGGUAACGGGCUUCAUGCAGUCAUGCUGGCCACAUGACUAUGGACGAUGCCGGCUCUUCAGCUUAGAAUUGGAGAUGAUCAUCAGCCCCCAAAGUUGGGCACGAUUGGACUUAAUGUCAGGGGAAAACCUUUACCUUUUCCUAGCUGGCAAACUUGCUGGGAUUUCUGGGAAUUGUAGGCCAAAAUACCUGGGAACUCAGAGGUUGAGAACCACUGUCAUAAUCAGAAGUCACUUGAAGGUGUACAGCAGCAUCAGAAAAAAAAUGUAUGAUAUUAAUUAAGCCUUGCUUAAGUUAAAACCAGUCAGAGUGAACCUACAUACAGUAAAUAAAGAGCAACACUAAAAAAACCCAGGGGAAUUCCAGACAAGAAUCAAUCAGGACCAGCUAACCCCUCCCAACAAAGGCAUUCAGCCUUAGCCUCAUGCUUCCAGUUGUGUUUCUGCAACUGAAGGAGUAGGAAGGACAUGGUUUUGUGUUUUCUUGUAAUGGAGGGCGUUCAGGGGAAUGGAGUGCUUCCCUUCUGCCGUCCUUUCUCCGGGUUCCUCGGGUGCCACUUAGACCAAGUAUUCAUGUUCGCAGCAGUGAUAGUUCUCAAGGGUGGCUGGGCAUCUCUCUUGGACGUGCAAUUGAGAAGACAUCCAAAGAGAUCUCCCUGCUCUUGGUUUACUACGAAACAUUGUUUUUAUGUUACCCAGCACACAUGUGCAAAAUGUACGCAUGGCAUUACUUUAUUAAGCGCAGUAUUUUUGAAAGACAUUUUCAUUUAACUCACGGAUGUCACAAGGAAGGAGGAGCAGGCGUUGUUUCCUGUUGCCCUGGAAACUGAGACUCCACAGAGCAGUGGGUUCAAAUGACAGGAAAGGGGCAUUCAGAAGAACUUCCUGACUGUAAGAAGAGCUGUUCAGCAGUGGAACUCUCUGCCUCGGAGUGUGGUGGAGGCUCCUUCUUUGAGGCUUCUAAACAGAGGCUGGGUGGCCAUCUGCCAGGGGUGCUUUGAUGGUGCUUUUCCUGCCUGGCAGAAGGGGGUUGGACUGGAUGGCCGUUAGAGGUCCCUUCCAACGAUAUUGUUCUAUUAUUCUGUGAUUCGAAGACACU